AAUGUACCUCACCCCGAAAACGCUACGUGGUACGUACCCGUAUCGUGUUACACACACAGUUCAUCCUCGCAUUACUUCCCUGCGGAGACUUCAUUUUGCAUCAUUCCCAACAAAAAUGGAGAAUCUUGCGGCGUGUCAUUUAAAGUACUCGGUCCCGAAAGCUCGAAUGUUUAUUGUUUUUCUCACAAUGAUGAUCUGCACGUGUGGUCUCUUUCUGUUGCAGAAUACAUUUUUGAAAACAAGUAAAUCUAAAGAUUUCUAUUCUUUCGAAGUGAAGGAUUUGAAAGGAAGGACCGUUUCCCUGGAAAAGUUCAGAGGCAAAGCGUCUUUAGUUGUAAACGUGGCGAGUUAUUGUGAACAAACGGAGAGAAACUACAAAGGACUGCAAGGUCUACACCGAGAGUUCGGUACUUCACAUUUCAACGUGCUGGCUUUUCCUUGCGGCCAGUUUGGAGAUACAGAGCCAGGGUCUAACCGUGAUAUAGAGGCGUUUGCAAAGGAGAAAUAUGGCGUGUCUUUUCCUAUGUUCAGCAAGAUUAAGAUAAUGGGCUCUGAAGCCGACCCUGCCUUUACAUUUGUUACAGAUUCAGCCAAAAAGGCGCCAAAGUGGAAUUUUUGGAAGUAUCUCAUAAACCCCCAAGGCCAGGUGGUAAAAUUCUGGAAACCGGAAGAGCCCAUAGAGAACAUCAAAAAAGAUGUAGUAGAGUUAGUGAGAGAGAUCAUCUUAAAAAAGAAAGUAGAACUUUAAAACCUGAACUGUUUGUGCCAAAGCUUCAUGGCCAGGUCACACCUUAACCACUUAAAGUGCCCCGUUUGUGCUUGUCACUAGAAACUAAAACAGUGAAGUUGCCUUGAACAUGUCAGCAGUUGUUUCACAUGUUGGUUUCAGAAGCAUUUACAGAAGCAGUCACUGUGCCUGCAAUGUCGUGACUACACAGCAUUUUCUGUUCAAAGGAAUAUCACUGACACACAUGGGACAAUGUCUCUAACUGCAAUGUAGCGCCAAUGAAUUAAUGUUUUAGAUGAGUGUUUUAACCUCAUUAUACAGUUAGCUGGGUGAUUCCUCACUACUUUUUUUGUCCACGACCAAGUACUACUGCAGAGGUUUGUAAACAGUUUAGAAUAGGGACCUCCAACAGAAUACUGAGGGAAGAGCAGAGUAAAGUGAAUGUUUGAACUGUUACUAUCCCAAAGAUCAAGAAUAUAACUGAAUGCUCAUGAAAUAUACAACGAAUGCAAAAUUGCUGUCCAUACAUGGACAUUACUAACAAUCCUACAUAGUGAAUGAAAAUAUGGCAUUUUGUGGCCACAAGGCAAAAUAGGAUGUGCCAUAUGGGUUGAGUACCGGAUAAAAUCCAAUUUGCAAGAGUUAAAUUACUGGGCAACCUAAGCCAAGUGACUAAUCAUCGUGCUUAUUCUUUUAAAAGGAAUUUGCAUAUUUAAAAUACAAUUUUAUAAAACAAAGAUUCUUAGUUCUAUGUGUACCUCUAGGAUUGACAUUGAAACUUCAGAUAUAUAAAAAAAUAUAUAUGUUUAUGUUCAGUAAAAUUUAUGCAGGUGGAUUCAAAUUCACUUUCUAAAUCAUGCAAAGCCAUGUGUCAGUGGUAUCAUGCGAGGAGGCUUUUGCGUUUAUCUGCAAAUAUAUUAAAAGCAGACAUAACUCAGUCACAGCAAAUUAGACAAGCACUAAACCAGCGUUUGAAAUAUUGUAAGCUAUAUUAACAUGUUUACCCCAGAUUGCAGCAUUUAAAAAAAAAUAAGUAAAAACAAACUGCUAAGUUGCAUGAAACUACUAGGUACAUGUUACAUGUAAACUUGUCACUGGGAUGCCUUCUUUAGAAACAGAUACAGGCCCCAUUUACUUUGAAUUAAAAAUUCUUAAUGAUGUAACUGUGCAUUCAUAAUGGACUUCAGGAUUGUUGUUGUUGCACAUUUUUCUUACCACCACGUGUUAAGACUUGCCUGGCAUUAAGUGUCAGCAUACCUGGCCCUGUGAUAAUGAAAACAGCAGUAGAACUACAAGACAGCUCCAUUCAACCUUUAAUAACUCCAUCUCGAGCUGCCUAAAGGUUCUUAGUAUAUAUUUAAAAACAUCUUGUCUACUGGGAAUUCCAUGGCCCUUUUUUUUUUUAAUUUCAUGCAGGUUCGGGUACUUUUUACUCAAGGGGGAGAAAAGUACUUUGUAUUUUUUCAAGGGGGGGGGGCGGGAGUAAUGUGUGUUCUAUUUUGUUUUUAAUAAUAUGUUGCGCUGAAGACAACAAAUGUCUUGUUUUCAGAUUACAGCAAUAAUAAAACUAGCUUUCUUCUUAAA